AUGAUGUCCUUUUGGCAAUUUCUAUUCAUCUUUGUUUAUCUAUUUAAUUCUGCUCAAGGUUUUGAUCCACUUCGUCGUCUUCUAGCAAGCAUUCCACGAACACCUAUUCAACCAAAUGAUGAUCCAGGUGAACCACUCUUCUUAACACCUUACAUUGAAGCUGGUCAAAUUGAUCAAGCAAGAAAUUUAAGUCGUGUCGAUUUACAACCAGAUUAUUCAUAUUUAUCUUAUUCUGGCUAUUUAACAGUAAAUAAAACUCAUCAAAGUAAUUUAUUUUUCNGUUUUGAUCCACUUCGUCGUCUUCUAGCAAGCAUUCCACGAACACCUAUUCAACCAAAUGAUGAUCCAGGUGAACCACUCUUCUUAACACCUUACAUUGAAGCUGGUCAAAUUGAUCAAGCAAGAAAUUUAAGUCGUGUCGAUUUACAACCAGAUUAUUCAUAUUUAUCUUAUUCUGGCUAUUUAACAGUAAAUAAAACUCAUCAAAGUAAUUUAUUUUUCUGGUUUUUUCCUGCAAAAAAUGGUAAUACAAAUGCACCAUUACUUGUAUGGUUACAAGGAGGACCAGGUUCGUCAUCUUUAUUUGGUUUAUUUGCUGAACAAGGUCCAAUUAUGGUUGAUAAAGAAAAAAAACUUCAUCCAAGUGAUAUAACAUGGAAUUCAAAAUAUCAUCUACUUUAUAUUGAUCAACCAGUUGGAACAGGUUAUAGUUUUACUAAAAGUGAACAAGGUUAUGUACGUAAUGAAGAUGAAGUAGCUCGUGAUUUAUAUACAAUGUUAACACAAUUCUUUCAAUUAUAUAAUGAAUAUGUAUUAUGUCCAUUUUAUGUUACUGGUGAAUCCUAUGGUGGAAAAUAUGUACCAGCUAUUGUUUAUAAAAUUCAUAUGGAAAAUCCUCAAGCAAAAGUGAAAAUAAAUCUUAAAGGUAUGGCUAUUGGUGAUGGUCUUAUCGAUCCAUAUAAUGAAUGGGAUUAUGGACCGGCGAUGUAUCAAUUUGGAUUAAUUGAUGAACAACAAUUAGAACGUGUUAAUUUACAAACAUCGUUAGCACGAACAGCAAUAGAACUAAAACAAUAUUUAUUAGCUUAUGCAAUAUUCAGUAAUUUAAUGGAUUUGUUUUAUACAGAAAAAACAGGUUUAAAUGAUGUUUAUAAUUAUUUAUUAACACAAUAUCCAGAAGCAUUUAGUUAUUAUGUACCAUGGGUAACAGCAAGUGAAAAUCGUCGAAAAAUACAUGUUGGACAUCAACGUUAUAAUGAUGGUGCAGCAGUUGAUAUUGCUCUAGCCAAUGACAUUAUGCAAUCAAUUGUAGGAAAAGUUGCUAAAAUUGCUAAUAAUAAUUAUAAAAUACUGAUUUAUAAUGGUUUACUCGAUGUUAUAAUAGCAUCAUCAUUAACUAUGGAUUGGGUUGAUAAACUUCAAUGGAAUUAUGCUAAUGAACUUCGAAGUGCUGAACGAAAAAUUUGGAAAGUUAAAGAUGAUGAUAAACAAGUAGCUGGUUAUAUAAAACAAGCACAUUCAUUUUAUGUUGCUUGGGUUCGAAAUGCUGGUCAUAUGGUACCAGCUGAUCAACCAAGAGCUGCAUUUGAUCUUAUUGAUCGAUUUGUAUCAGCUUAA